CCUGAACGGACUGUACUCGUACGAGCGACAAUGCGGCGUUGCUCCUCUUGUUCGCGUCGUAUUAGUAUUCCUCGGCCCAGAAAGAAGGAGGACGAUUCAACUCCUCUCACAUUUUGUGAGAGGAAUUGGUGAGAAGGGGCAUGUCAAGAGAUCGGAGCUGGUCUCGUUUAUUCACUGCCCUUUGGGAAGGAGAGAGUUGAUUGUAAAAAGUUUUUGAUAGCUGUCUCGAUGCUGCAGCCAUGGAUGCAAUAGAGAUCAGCAUCGAUGAUUUGGAAUUUCUAGAGUUUAUUGGUGGAGGUGCUUUCGGUUCGGUAUAUCGCGGAUUCUGGAAACCCAAGAAUCAAAUCGUUGCUAUAAAGAAGUAUGCCACGCCUGAAUCAUCGACAGAGGUCGCCAUACUCGCCAAACUGGCUCAUCGCAACAUUAUCCAGCUGUAUGGUGCCAUCACUGCUGACCCAAACCAGUGCUUUGUGACAGAGUAUGCCUCUAAUGGGUCGUUGUAUGACUACUUGGCCGAGCAUACACUUGACUGCACAGAGAUUCUGACCUGGGCACGGCAGAUUGCCAUGGGUAUGAACUAUCUUCACAAUGAAGCUCCCCAGCCAGUAAUUCACCGCGACCUGAAGUCUAGAAAUGUUGUUCUCUCAUCGGAUAUGUGUGCAAAGAUAUGUGAUUUCGGUUGUGCGCGCUAUCUGAAGGCCACCACAAAGAUGACACUGGCAGGGACAUUUCCCUGGAUGUCACCAGAAGCAAUACAGCAGGGAAAGGUCGGACCCCCAACAGACGCGUUUUCGUAUGGUGUGGUUGUCUGGGAGCUGCUUACCAGCAAGAUUCCGUUUGAUGGGUUUGAAAGCAUUCAGAUUGCCUGGCUGGUCGUGACGCAUGAAACGCGGCUAACAAUUCCAUCAUCCUGUCCUGAGAAGAUAGCAACUUUGCUGACUAGCUGUUGGCACCAGGAGCCUGAGGAUCGGCCUGGUUUCCCGGAGAUUCUGGCAGCCAUCAACUUCAUGAUGGAUGAUCAGGAUUUCCCGACCGCGGCACAGUCUUUUCUCAAGUUGCGCUCAGAAUGGAGCGAGGAGAUUGCAUCUGUGAUGGAAGAUUUGAAGAAGAUUGAACGCAACCUCAUCCGACGUGAGAGGAAGAUGAAUGAGCGUGAGCUCUGGCUGAAUGCUUGGGAGCUCAAGCUGAAGCAGUACGGCAGCAGAACGCCACCGGAUAACUAUGAUGUGGCUAGCUGGGGAGAGAUGGAAGUGAGUCAGUGGAUUUGUUACGUUUCCGAAAAGAGUAACCUGGAACUGGAGCAAUACGCGUCCGUGUUUACAGCUCAUAAUAUCAACGGUAACAGACUGCUGGAGCUUGAUGCUGAACAUCUUGCAUUGCUGGUGGGCUCUAUUGGGCAUCGGCUGCAAAUGCAGAAAGCGAUUGCCGACCUGAGGAACCGAAACAAGGAUCUCCGGGAGUUCCCGCCCCUGUCUCGUGAAUCAGAAGUGCCGAGAACAAGACCGAACAUGAUGCUGCAGACGGUGAUCCUGACCAUCAUCUUCGGCAAUCACUUCCGAAGGGCUGCCUCGCCCGACCACCGAAAGUGGAAGAUGUACAUGGAACUGGACGGUCCAGAGGAAGCGUUGAUGUGUAUCAAGUGUGUUCACUUCAAGUUUGCCCAGGACACCGUUUCGAUCAGACAGCCACCGUUCCUGAUGGAUAAAUGGCUACUAGUGGAGAAUGAUGAAGAACAGGUGGAGUGCGUCGUGGAGUUCACUUCAAGCGUCAAGACGCCACGGCGCAUUACUCAAGUUCACAAACUGGACUUCUCGGAUGGCUCUGACUGCGUGAACGUGCAGGAGCGCCCGGUGGAGCUGACAAUGAAACAGAGUAUGUCACGCGUGUCCCUGACAGCCAGGCAGGAGUCCGCAUCCAGCACCAGCUCCGGUGGUAGUUUGGCCGGUGAGCAGCAUGGUGUGAAUCCGCUCUUUGAAAACCUCUCACUGUCUGGUGGCGCUCCAGCAUGGCCAGCUGCUGGUGCUGCUGCUGCGUCCUCGGCACCCAACAGUAGGAGAUCUUCUUGGCUGGACUCUUCCAAUGCUGCGUGUUCGUCAGGGGCUCCAAGCAGUAGCGCCUGGUUCCGGCCGGACAAGCGACUCAGCUGGCCAAGUAAAGGUGAGGUCAAGAAUGUUGUGGCAAGCGGGCCCACCAUUUCCUCUGCCCAAUCGCCCUCACAGACACCCAGCAGCCCGCGCACACCGACGGAUAGAAGCCCACAGCUCCGACCAAGUCGACCAUCACCCGCUCGACAGGAAAGAUCACCCGCCCGUCAGCAACGCGGUGGUCCUGCCUAUAACAGUGGUAGUUAUGGCCGUGGUGGUGGUCGUGGCUAUGGUCGUGAUGGUGGCAACUUUAGGGGUGGUGGUGGUGGCGGUGGUGGCAGUGGCCGUGGUGGUCGAGGUACCAGUGGAGGUGAUUACCGCGGAGCUUGGUAUCGGUCAUCUCGCGGUGGUGCACCCCGCUACGGCGAGUCACAAAGCAUACCCGACGGUCGAUCUCAGCAUCAUGCCGACAACCAUCAACCGUAUAGACGCUCUGUUAGCGACACAGAGCGAUUGAACCGACAGCGUGCGCCAGCUGACGAUAGCGCCGCAUCGAGGCGAGGCCAUGCUCACAGUCAAAGGCAGCGGCAGCAGCAGCAACAGCGCAAUCCUCAUGGGUAGAGGGCUGGUUGACACUGAUGAUGAGUUAAGCUUCUCCCCGGGAUGGCAGGUGGAAUUGGCUAGCAGCAAGAGCAGUCUUGUUGCUGCAACUGCUGCAGGAAACACACACACUCUAGGCCGAGUACCACGAGAGUCUCAUUGAUGACUGGCCUUGCCUGGAGGGUGGCAGUGAAAAAGCUAUCAACACAAAAACGGUCAAACAUGGAGCCCAAAUAGCCAUGGUACAACUACUUUGGAGGUUGUCACUUACACGGCUGAGCAUUGGCGAUCCAAUAGUCUGCGUGUGUGCCCAUGGGCUCACUCUUCUGCUCUGAGUCUCAGGGCAGUCGUCCCCUUGCUGCCAGCUGCCAGUUGGUUUGUUCUUGUUUGCUUUGGAGCAGGCUGUGAUCAUCUCAUACGACGUGUAGCAGAACAGCGAAUCUCUGGACUUCUGCCACAAUAUUGUUGGUAUUUAGUCCACGUACUCGACUUGUUUCUCAGGAGUACCUGUCAUCCCCGACAUUGUACUAAAGCCGUGACUCAUGGAAUAUCUACUGGUCUGCGAUCAGGCCCGCCUGUACUACAUGCACUCUGUGUAUGCAGAGAGGACAGGGACAGCACCAGCCCAUAACACAUGAUGGCAAAGCCGCUUAGCCAGCCAAUGAACAAGCUUAUCAAGGAAAUACUCCCAGUGUGAACACACUGCUCGCUCCCCCAUCUGCCCCCCCCCCCCCCCAAAAAAAAAUCCUUUAGUACCGGUCUUAUCAUUAUAGUUAUUUUCUUUUCUCUUUUCUUUUUUUUUGCUGUAGUGGAAUAAUACAUCACAGCAAGCUAGCACAGAACCAUAGCACCCUAUAGCACCCAAUAGCACAAUAUCCUAAUAGUUGUAGACGCCAGUGCCAUCCAUGCACUGCCUGUAGAGACCGUAAUGUCCUGUACGUGUCAGACUGGCCUGGCUAGCCUGGCCGGACCUGGCUGCACAGUUAUUAAGGUGGGUGCCGGCAGUGGGCUGUGACUUGCCAGUUCCUCCCCUGUUUGUCCACUGUACGCGGAGUACUAGUGGUACUGCUGUCCCCCCCCCCCUCCCCCCAUGCCCCGUUUUGUCCACUGUGCACACCGCACUAGGGGCAUUGUUCCCUUUUGUCCACUGACUCAGUGCAUAUGGUACUACAUGUUUGUAGUGGCACUGUCCCCGCUUGUCCACCGUACCGUGUGCACAGUACUAGAGGCACUGUCGCCCCCUGUGUUUGUCCACUGUGCAGACAGUAACAGCUACUACUACCACAGUGUACUGUGGUAGUGCAACUAGAACUAGCAACGUCGUCAUGUCUACUAACUUAUGCGGGCACAUUAUCUCUUCAUUAGAACUUAGCGUUUACAGGUAGUAGUAGUAGGAUUCACUCCUCUUUUUUUCUUGCAGGGCACAGGACCAUCCACUCUACAGUCGGUGUGUAGCUCAUUGUAUGCUUUUACUAGCCUUUUAGUGUUCUUUGUAUACCGGGAGUAGUCAGUCCUACUCAGUCGCGUCCUGUUCAUUCUGGUCCUGUUCAUUCUCAUUCUGAUUCUACUGGCUGGUCCAUGGUGAAGCUGCUGUGCUUGUUCGACUGCUAUACUCAGUCAUCAAGGAUAGGGGUCGAGUAGUACCCAAAUGACUCUAUUCCCCCUCUAUCUCCAUUUUUCCUUGGCAUGGUAAUCUAUCCUUUUUUCUUUAUUUUUUUACCCUGGCAGACUGUAAAUUUGCCAUGCUAUUUUAAUUCCACUAUGAAAGGCAACAAUCCCACAUCCCUCCCAUCGUUUCCCCUGUCAUCUUGUGAGAUGUUCUCAUUGAUAGUACAUGUAGCAAACUUCCAAGUACGUCCUUGGUUGUCUGCUCGUACGACAUGAGCCAACAAUGAUUGCCAUUAUAUCAUAGACCAUCACUGUCAGUGUAACUGUUAGAUACUCAACUCCCUUGACUCUGUGUAGACCAGGUGUGCAUCGGGGGUCUGUUCGCUUGGCUUCGGAGCUUCGCCAUGUGGAUUGAGCAGUUAUCUUGGCGCAAGCCUUCAUCCGUUUCAUUCAGAUUUUGUCCGCUGCAUGUUUUAUAUUUUUAAAUAAUAUUAUUACUGAAGUACCGGUAUAAUUAUUGUUGCUAUGAGAGAAAAUCGGAGAGUGUACAUCCA